GACUUGAACUCUGUUGCAUUUGCCGCCAAAUAUAUGUGACUUGAACUAUUGCAGCUCUUAGCAGGGAGAAACGAGAGAGAAGACUGCACUGCAGCAGAUAGUAAGGUGACGAAUCCCAAGAGUCGCCUGCAAGUCUCCAUCCAAUGAUCGGACAAGAUCGACAUUGCAGUGAUAGAAGGAGCGAAAGUGCCAUUCUGGAUUACUGCUGCAUUUGCAGAUGUAUGUGGAGGAUAUCCCUUGUUGUUGAUACUACCCAAUCUAGCGUAGCGUAGUCGCCUCGGGUGGUGGCUGGUGUUCUACAAUAACCCUAGCAAAAAUAUUAGCGAGGGUUUGAGGGUCAGCCACGGGUUUUUCUCUUGGUUUCCGCAGGAUCGACGUCCAGGCUCGAUGAUCUCAGACAGGGACCUAGCUAACCCUGGGACAGGACUUGAUCGACGAUGUCAGUAGAAGCGAGAUGUGGCUUGAAUGUUGACUUUGGCUGGCAUCAUUCUUGCUCAGGGUGACGGAGCUCGGAGCUGUCACUCCACAAGUUUCCAUGUUUUGGAUCUCCGGACGGGAUAAUCCUUUUGUCUAGGCCCAAGAUGCGGAGACCAAAACUUGAAAUUCUGUGGAAAGGAUUGGUUCUGGAGUGAGCAGGACUGCUAUGAUGAAAGGAGGCGUCAUGGCGAUGCUUCAGGGCCAGGUUCCAGGAGCUUCAUCCCGUCUAAAGGUUUAUUUCCUGAUGCAAGUAAGUGGUUGGUCCUGGAGGAAGGGCUGUGUUUCGCAGUCAGCUCUGUAAACACUCAUUGAUGACGUCGCUUCUUGCUGAAGCUCAUCCUUGUCUGCUAUUUGAGUUUAGAGAUACUAAUAUGGGUGCUUGUUACUCUUCCUUCUCAAAUCUAUACCAUCUAUCAUUCUCGAUUCAAUACCCAUACAUCUUUCCACAUCCACCACAAGAUCGAAAUAUAAUUGUAACCUCACGUCACAACAAUCAAUCACCAUUCAAGAUCAUCAGGAGGCUCUCACAGCAAUACAGAGCUUCACACCAUCCUAUCAUCAUGACGGAUGUUGCAAGCAGGCAGACGGGCAGUAUGCCCAAGGUUCCAAGAACUCCAAGCAACAGCGGAGCUCCCAGAAAGACACCAAAGAAGAGUGAUACAAGCAAAUCCCUGAAAGGUGACAAGUCACAAGUCGACGACGCCAAAACAAGCACCAAAGGAGAUCCGUUUACACAAAACGACCUCGAGAGUAUGGCUGAGGAUCAGAGUCUCGACAAUGCUACGAAUGAUGGCGUGGAAGAAGAGUCAGAAGAUGACGGCACAGAGGUCAUCCCAGCUGGCAGCGUAGACAAUGAAGGAAACGUCUUGGACAAAGACGGGAUCACCAUUGGACAUGUACACGGAGAGGCGGUAUCAAAUUUCGAAGGAAGUUUGGUAGAUCAAGAGGGUGAUAUCCUGGACGCGGAGGGAAACGUCAUAGGGACAGCAGACUUGGUACAGAACGUUUCCAAGUCCGCAUCUGGAGACAAGCCAUCGCUUGAGGCUCAGGCUCCAUUCGGAGUUCAAGAUAACGGCGACAUCACGAACGCUACUGGAUCAGUCGUAGGGAAGCUCGCUGAAGGAAAACCCCAAGAUCUCGUCGGAACUGCCAUCACAGCCAUAGAUGCCAGCGGAAAUCUCAAGGCCGAAUCGGGGAGUACCAUCGGCAAAGCAGACCUGCAGGAAGGACUACUCGAAGACGCCACUUCCAAAAAGCCAGAUGAGACAGUCGAUGAUGAACAGCUGUCGGAAAAGGCAGACAGUGCCAUUGAGCUGCAAGAUCAAGAGACAGCAAAGCCAGAACUGACCGCAGAUGAGAAGUCAGGUCUCAGCGCUGACAAAGAUGUGGACAAUCUGAAGCCUGAUGACUCAGCGUCUCAAGUUGGUGGCUCUAAAGUCCCAGCUGAUGCUCCCAACGUGGCGGAGAAGAGGGGACAAGCACAAGAUCUUGGCUCCAAGGUUGAUCCUGCCAGUGCUUCGAGAGUUGCAGAGGGAGAUGAGGUAGCCAAAGACUUGAGUGCAGAUGGAUCUGAGGUGGCCAAGGAAUCAAACUCCAAGGUUGCUGGGGAGCCCCAGGCAGCCGAAAACCUGGACGCCAAAGCCGUCGACGGUGAGGCACCAGUUCCGGAGAUUACAGAAGAGCCCGAAGAGCUGAACGAACUCGACCCAAAGCCGGUCGAUGAAAACCAAAUCGCUGAAGACACUCCUGAGCAACCAGAUCUCUCCAUCCUCAAGGACAUGAAGGUAAACAAACUUGGGAAAAUCGUGGACGAGAAUGGCAUCCCAUACGGCCAACUCAUCGAGGGAGAUCCCAAGAAAUUGGCUGGUAAAAAAGUGGAUGUCGAAGGUCAAAUCUGGGAUGACAAGGGUGUCAUCAUUGGAAGGGCAGAACUGCUGCCAGAAAGUGACCGCGAGGUUACUUCCGCACCAUUCGAAGAUUUUCCAGAUUGUGUCGUGGAUAAGUCAGGUGAUGUCUUGUUCGAUGGCAGGAUCAUUGGGAAAUUGGUGCAGGGUGACGGCAAGAAAUUGGAGGGGAAAACCGUUGAUUCCGAUGGGGAUAUUUUGGAUAAAAAUGGGAACUUGAUAGGAAAGGCAGAACGAUUCCAGGAAGAGGACAUUGUGGAACAGGAGAUUGUGAAGGCUGACCUCUCGAUUUUGGAGGGGAAAAAGGUGAAUAAGGCAGGGAAUGUGGUAGAUUCUGAAGGGAGGCUGUUUGGGCGUGUCAUUUCGGGUGACAAGACCAAAUUGGUUGGGAAAACAGUAGACUCCGACGGAAAUAUAUGGAGCGAGUCAGGGAAAGUCAUUGGGACCUCAGAACUUCUGGAUGUGGAUGACAGGAAUCCAUCAAAGGAUUCACCUUUCGAGGAUUUUCCUGAUUCAGUACUUCGAGAUGAUGGGAAAGUGUUAUUCCAGGGGAAAGUAGUGGGAAGACUGGUGGAGGGAGAUGCCAAGAAAUUAGAAGGGAAAAGGGUGGAUGCUGAUGGGGAUAUCACAGACAGUUCAGGGAACGUUUUGGGGAAGGUUGAACGGUGGAGCGAAGAGACGCCAGAAGCUGAGAAAAUUGACCUUUCCAUCUUGGCAGGGAAGCGAGUGAACAAGUUGGGGAAAUUGGUUGACUCCAGCGGGAGUAUCUAUGGGCGCGUCGUCGAUGGGGACAUCAAGAGUCUCUCAGGGAAAGUAUGCGACAAAGACGGCGCUAUCUGGAAUGACAGCGGAAAAAUCAUUGGAAGGGGAGAAUUGGUAUCGGACAGUGAAAGGGACGGACAGAAAGAGGGGCCAUUCAGCGGGUUUGACUCCCCAAAAGUGAACAAGGAAGGAAUGGUUGCAGAUUCUGUAAGUGGAUGUCAGCAAUUAUGACUGACUUGCCCGCUAAUCCACCUAUAGAAAGGAACAAUCAUUGGACGUCUC